GUACAGAGGAUCCAAUGGACCUUGGUGUGCAAGUCCAUAGACUGUUGAAGGUAGCAGCACAGAUUGAUAAGUGUCAUCAGGACGCGCCCGCACUUUGCCCGUGACGUUAUUGCUGUGCGCCGGAGGAUGUUUGUACUCCGUCCAGGCAUGGGGCUGACUGGAGAACGAAGUGGGAUGUCGGCCGCCUCCGAAAGGAGCGAAAUAAUUAAAAACUAUCAGAAAUGGAAAAAGAGAUAUCAACGGAAGAAGACCAGGCUAAAGCAGGAGAGGAAGCUGCGGAAACCCGAAUGGCAAGUGGAGAGGGAGGUGAUCGCCCGGUUGGUGCAGCGUUAUCCCGAGAUAAAUGCCAAGGAGGUGGUCAAAUUUUCAGAUCUUCCAUUAUCCAAAAAAACCAUUAAAGGUUUGUUGCAGGCUCAAUAUCGUAUGCCCACAGAAAUACAGAAGCAAACAAUUGGACUAGCCUUACAAGGCAAAGAUAUUCUUGGUGCUGCAAAGACUGGAUCUGGGAAGACGUUGGCAUUUAUUAUUCCUAUAUUGGAAUGUCUUUAUCGUCAACAAUGGACAUCGGAAGAUGGAUUGGGUGUUCUUGUCAUAUCCCCUACAAGAGAACUCGCGUAUCAGACCUUUGAGGUUCUACGCAAAGUGGGGAAAAAUCAUGAAUUUUCAGCUGGGCUAGUAAUAGGAGGAAAGGAUCUGAAAGCAGAGUCAGAGAGGAUCAAUCGUACCAAUAUUGUCAUCUGCACUCCGGGUCGUCUUCUGCAGCAUAUGGAUGAAACAACGUAUUUCCAUGCUUCUGAUUUACAAAUGCUUGUCUUGGAUGAAGCUGAUAGAAUUUUGGACAUGGGGUUUUCUGAAACAAUGAAUGCCAUUGUAGAAAACCUCCCAAAGAAACGUCAGACCUUGCUUUUCUCAGCAACUCAAACUAAAUCUGUUAAGGACUUGGCACGAUUGAGUCUGAAAGACCCAGAGUAUGUAUGGGUUCAUGAAAAUGCUAAAUUCAGUACUCCUGGAACACUUGAACAGAAUUAUGUAGUCUGUGAGUUGCCCCAGAAAAUCAACAUGUUGUACUCCUUUGUGAAGAAUCACCUGAAUAAGAAGACAAUUGUAUUUUUUUCAAGCUGUAAAGAGGUCCAGUAUCUGUUCCGCACAUUUUGCCGUCUACGUCCUGGUAUUCCAAUCCUUGCACUUUACGGCAAGCAACAGCAGAUGAAACGAGUUGAGGUCUACAAUGACUUUUGCAGAAAAAAGGCUGCUGUACUAUUUGCAACAGACAUUGCUGCUCGAGGACUGGAUUUCCCUGCUGUGAAUUGGGUUCUUCAGUUGGAUUGUCCUGAGGAUGCUAAUACUUACAUUCAUAGAGCAGGGAGGACAGCCAGGUACAAGGAAGGUGGUGAAGCAUUGUUAGUAUUACUUCCAUCUGAAGAGAAAGCCAUGGUGAAACAGCUGGAGGAGAAAAAAAUCCCCAUCAACAAAAUAAAGUAAUACAUUUUUUAUCUAAGUAAGGUCCAGAACUAAACUGUGGCUAUGUUUUUACUUGGCUGUUAUAUAACUAAGAUGUAUAAAUAUUUGCACUGUCUAAAAUGGCAUUAUGAGUUCUAAGUAAUGCACUUAAAUCAAUUUGCUGUUUCUUUGAAAUGUUUCGUAGAUGGGUGUUUAUUGAUGUAGUUUCGAUAAUUCUGAGUUUGGUUAUUUUUAAAGUUUUAGAGUUUUAUGUUUGCACAUGGUGAGAAAGCAAUUUUUUUUGUAAGAAGAAGAGGUCAUGAUGUUGAUAAGUGUGCUAUUAUGAAUAAAGCAUCUUCCAGGUGGGGUCACAAAAA